CCUCCAACAUGUGGGAAGAACUAAAGCGUGUUCUUCUCCUGAUUGGCAUAUAUUGGGCAUGUGCUUCAGCCAACAAGUGUCUUUCCGGGUGGCUCGAGCACGACUCCAGCUGCUACAAGAAGGAGGUGAAGCCCAACGGUUGGCUGGGGGCCCGGCACCACUGCGUCUGGCAGGGCGGCGACCUGCUCUCCAUCACCACCUCGGCCGAGGAGGACUUUGUGAAGCGCGCCAUGGGCAACACCCGCUUCUGGCUGGGACUCUCCAACCAGAAAUGCGACAAGUUCUGGUGUCGCUUUGAAGGCGGGAGCCAGAAGCUGACCUGGUCCGAUGGCGAGACAAUGAAUCACGCCAACUGGGCCUCAAAUCAACUCGAAAGCGCCGACGUUGCAUCCUGCGCCUACGUCAACCAAGGGGGAAGGGGUGAGCCCGGCCAGUGGCGGACUGGCUCCUGUCUUUCCUCGUUGGCCUACAUGUGCAAACGGCCGCUGAACUGCCCGAAGUGUUCGCCCAAAAGUGGUCCUGCUGUAGUGACGACCUCCGACUGCCACGACAACACCUUCCACUAUGGCGAUUAUUGUUAUCGUUACGAGACGACGCUUAAAACCUUUGACAUUGCUGAGAAGUUCUGUCUUUCCCGGGGAGGCCACCUGGCUAGCGUCCACUCCAAGAAAGAGGCCCAAUUUGUGCAUGAUCACUCGCGGACCUCACAAUCUGCUUUCGUGGGACUCAAGAAGACGACGGCCGACGACUACGAGUGGAGUGACGGAACAAGUUUUCCAAGCACGGAGGACCUCAACAGCUUCCACCAUCAAUCGGCCAACUACGUAGGUGUCGUCGCGCACUGCAGCCGUCUUACCCCAUCGGCACGCCGUCUUAUGCUGUCUUAUGUCUGGAUUGCAGGCUGGACUGAGAAAUGCGGCUGGUGGCUGGACGACCCCUCGGACGACUUCUGCUACCUGAUGAUCCGCCAGCCCACCAAGACCUGGCAGGAGGCGCAAGCCGACUGCAAAGGCCGCCAAGGGAACCUGCUCAGCAUCGCCGACUUGCACGAGCAGGGCUUCGUACACGGUAUCGCCAAGAUUCUGAUGGGUGAUGCCUCCCUGUGGUUGGGCGCCGACGCCUCCAUCAAGCGUGACGGCGACAAGUGGACUGACGGAUCCCCCUUCUCUUACCUCCGCUGGAGUGCAGGUGUCGCUGAAGGGGGGAAAUGUCUUUCCUUGCUCACUGGCAGCGGCGACUGGAAGCGCGACAAGUGCGACGAGAAGAGAGGCUACGUCUGCAAGAAAAGAGGAAAGACACAUCAGCUGCCACUACAUGACGGUAAGUUGCCUUCAACGUCUCUGUGA